AUGCAGCCGACGCAGUCGGACGACUUGCACGUCCAAAUCGUCCAUACUGGCCCAACCAAAUGCAUCCACGCGCCCAAAUCCGCACAGGUAGACCGACUCUUCACUGGCGGAGAUGACUACCUCGUCCGAAUCUUGCCCACUCUGCCUCUUCCAGGUGUAGAGCCGCAUCUCAUUGAAGAUGCAACCGAGCCAGUCACUUCGCUCGAUGCCGAUGGCCGCUUCCUCGUCACAGCUUCCGAAGACGGCUCCGUUCGUCUCUACCGACACCAUCCCCACGAUUCCGAAGGCAACCCGGCAUCGCCCACCGUGCUGCAAUCACUGUUGCGUCGCGAAGCAUUGCCGUUGCGAUGUGUAGCGCUUGAGCGCUCUGUCGCGAGCGGGAAAGCACCACGAGUCGCUAUCUGCUCUGAUGAGCUCAUCGUCAAGAUCGUCGAUGUCGAGGACCCCAGACGCAUCCAGCUCCUCGACGGCCACAACAGAGGUCUACGAUCAGCUGCGUGGAGUCCUGUCGCGCCCUUGCUCGUCACUUGCUCCACCGACGGGGUAGCUAGAGUCACCGACUUGAGCGAUGUUGAACCCAAGUUCGUCAAAUCAAUCGAAGGCAUCCUCCCCAUCACACGCGCCGAGAGCGACGAGGCGGCCUCUGCCUGCUGGCAUCCCUCAGGGACCUACUUUGUGAUACCCUCCAAGGCGCACGAGCUCGUCAUUAUCAGCGCAGCCAACGACUCUUCCGCAUGGUCGCGAACGGGCACCUUCGCCAGCGCUGCCGGUUCUGUACCCACUCCCAGCGGCAGUAUCACUGCACUCGCCUUUUCACCAAACGGUCGAUAUUUGGCUUCCGCCACCACCAACGGCCAGGUCACCGUCUGGGAGACCGAGAGCCGUCAGGCGAUCCGACACAAGCGCGCCGACGCGCUCGUGAAUGCCCUCAGCUGGCACCCGACCAAGGACGCUCUUGCCUGGACCGACAAUGAAGGCUCUCUGUCAAGGUGGUCCGACGUCGUGGGUCACACUCGCCCCAGCCCGGUCGAAGAGAUCGCUUUCGACGCGUCCAAAGCUGCGCGUGGGUCUCGUGGUCGAAUCGACGACAUAUUUGCCGGCACAGGUCUCUCGGACGAUGAGGACGACGAGACACCACGACGUAACAACGGCGAUGGCGACGACUUUGACGUAUUGGAAAGGAUGGAUGAGAUAAACGAUCGCCAGCGCAGGAGCGGCCUCGAUGCUCCACCCGGAUACGACCGGGGUGGGGGUGGACGCGCCAGAGAUGCGAGUCGCGAGGGCGGAAUGUUGAUCGCUGCGACGCGUCCACAGCCUGCUUUCCAGUCCACUGCGACGCCCAUGCGUGGACAGCGCCGCUACCUCGCCUACAACUUGCUCGGCUCCGUAGUGGCGGUUGAACAGGAAUCCCAUCAAACGAUCUCGUUCGAGUCAUUCGACACCUCGGCCCGCCGCAACUUCCGCUUCUCGGACAUGAACAACAUCUGCAUGGCCGACCUCGCCAAGCAAGGGAUUUUGUUUGCCGCCAAGCAGUUGGGUGACCAGUCGAGUAGUGUGUUUUUUAAGCCGUUUGUCGCGGCUAGCAACAACCUUUCCUCCGAAUGGACGUUUAAUCUGGAUCAGGGCGAGGAUGUUGAAGCGGUGGCGCUGGGUGGGAGCGGCCUGCGCAUUGUGUCGGAAGAUGGGUGGGAGGAUCAGGACGUCGGUCGAUCUGGAGUCGGUGUGGCGGUGGUGGCGACGUCUAAGGGAUACCUGCGCUUCCUCUCGGCUAGUGGGAUGCAGCUCUACCUGUGGGCGCUCGGCCAUCCUGUCGUCACCCUUUCCGUGGGAGCUAGGACAGCCUUCAUCAUCUACCGCAAGACCGGACUUCCAUCAGGAGGCUUCCAGGAUCUUGGGUAUAAAGUGAUCGAUCUGGUCAACUUUGACGUGAUCCAGGACGACGAUCUCCCUCUUGCCAAAGAUGCGCACGUCAGAUGGGCGGGCCACAAUGAUCAGCACCAGCCCGCAUUCUACGACUCUAACGGUACACUGUUUGUGCUCGACCGGUCGCACCGUCCGCGUCAGGGCCGAUGGGUGCCCAGCCUCGACACCAAGCGUUUGCGGGACAGCGCCUCUGCUGACGCUAGCGAAGCCGCCCAGCGUGCCGCCAGCACACUCGGAUACUGGCCCAUCGCGCUCACCUCUUCCAAGCUGAUGGUGUUGCUGCUCAAAGGCGGUCGGACUCACCCUGAGGUCGAUGGCACGCGUCACAUGAUUCAAGAGCUCGAGCUGCAGGUGCCCUUGAUCCACCGCGAAGGGGGAACCGGACUAUUGGAGGAGAAGAGCCUCCGGGACAGUAUGCUCGCCAUGACCGCUCGCGACGUCAAGAACGCCGGUAUCGAACUCUCGUCAGACGACACCCUGGCACUGGACGCCUCGACUCUCGAGAUGAGCUCAGACAAAGCUCUCCUGCAGCUCGUUCAGCUCGCGUGUAAAGCGGACAAACACGGUCGAGCGCUUGAUGCCGCACGCGCGCUCCACUCUACACGCACGCUCGAAGCCGCGCUCAAGAUUGCAGCGUUCUUCCACUUGUCGAGUCUCGCCGAGCGGAUGAUGGCUCUCAAGGAGGGGUUGGAGGGUAGGACGGAGCGCGUCGAGGAGGAGAGUCGGCGGUGGUGCGAUCCGUCAGUGCGUGGAGGGCCGAGUUAUACGAACCCCGCUCUGGUGGAUGUGAUGACGCGUGCUAGUGGUAAGCGCGAGGCUGGCAGUAUUCGCAAGCGUGCGUCUGCUGCCUUAGGGGAAGAGUUCUUGCCGCCUUCGAGGUCGGCUUCGGGCGUGCUUCGUGGUGAGCAGUUCGUCACUGGAGCGCCGUCUGCGACGUACAGCACGACUCGCUCGCCCGCCCCCGCUACCGCUGCUACCCACAAUACUACUGCCACGGAUGACUACAGCAUGAAUCUGGACGAUGACGACGACGUUGCCUCCGCCUCUUCGGUUGGCAAGGAAAACGUAUACGGGCGGCACGCCGACAAGCGCAAGUCUCCAGCGGACGACUUUUCGGAGACAGCACGCACGCUCGUUAUGCCGUCCACCACCAAGGCGCCGAGAUCGCUCAACCCGUUCGCGCGCACCUCGUCCAACGUGAAGGACAACAGCAAGCAGAUGCACAAGUCUACGUCGUUUUUCGAGCGCAUCGAGCCGUUUGAAAAGGAGUCCCUCAAAACGGCUUCCACUUCCUCUGCUGCUGCUGCUGCCGCGGCAAGACAAUCCCUACUGACCGGAUUCGCGUUCCGCAAAGACUCGCCCGCUGUCGCGGCAACGGGUGCGUUCGGGGAGACACAGCUUGACGAGACAGAGGGGGAUGAGUCGCUGCAGUUGACGCUGGAGCGCGCGGCGCGGGCGAGGGGAGAGGCAAAGGUGGCCGACGCGAUACACGGUGAUGCGCUGCCUGAGACGCUGAGACGCGAGGCCGACGUGGAUUCUCUGGAUACGAUGGACUCGGCUGCACCGGGUGCUGCGCUGCAUGUCUAG